AUGUAUUUACGCGCCGAACUCGUGUUGUUUGUUAAUUUAUGUGCGGCCGCUGCAGCGGCGGGCCCGCCAACAGACCAAAGCACUCUAAAAAAUGUAGUAUCUUCAUUAAAAGAAGAAAACUCGUUUAAACUCCUCAUAGAAGAAGUAAUAGUUAAAUCCUUACAAGCUAGCAACUGCAUAGCUGUCAUAACCGACCCUAUGAACAAUGAAAUAUUUAUAACCGAGUGGUACAAACGAUUUGGACUGUUUAUAUCUUUUAUAAUGAUAAAUAUAGAAGAAAAUGAAGACCUUCUAACACCUUACGAAAACACUAAAGAAUCUUUAAUGUUGGCUAAAACAGAAGGUUGUCAAUUGUAUAUUAUACUUCUGAGCAAUGGUAUGCAGUUAUCACGAUUACUUAGAUAUGGGGAUAGGUACAGAGUGCUAGGCAUCAGAUCAAAAUACAUCAUGUUAUUUGACAACAGGCUAUUUGAACCCCACCUACACUACCUUUGGAAGAGAAUAAUAAACGUAAUAUUCAUCAAGGCGCACUUAGGCCUAAACCAGGACAAAAAACACCUACCCUGGUACGAAAUAACCACAGUACCAUUCCCAUCACCUAUAACCUCGGUUUUUAUUCCGAGACGCCUCGCUAUUUGGACGCAAAACAGGUUCAGGAAAGCAGUGGAUCUUUUCAAGGAUAAAACUGUAGAUUUGAGGAAUCAGACGUUGAAUGUUGUGGCUUUUUCGCAUUUGCCUGGCACUGCGAAGAAUGAGAAGAUUGACUCGCAGUCUGUUAGAGCCACGCUGGGGCAAAAUGAGACCAAGUUUUCAGGGGCUGAAGUAGAGAUCCUCCAAACGGUAUCGAAAGCGAUGAACUUCCAACCGAAACUCUACGAACCGCCGAACGCUGACCUGGAGUUGUGGGGCAAAAAGCAAGUAGGCGGCAAAUUCACCGGCAUAAUUGGCGAGAUGAUCGACUCUUUCGCCGACAUCGCGCUCGGCGAUCUCUACUACACCCCCUAUCUGCUCGACAUGAUGGAUCUCAGCGUGCCGUACAACACCGAGUGCCUCACCUUCUUAACCCCCGAGGCGCUCAACGACAACUCGUGGAAGACCUUGAUUCUGCCCUUCAAGAGCACCAUGUGGGCGUGCGUCAUAGUCUGCUUGAUUCUGUGCGGGGUUGUUUUUCAUUUUUUGGCCAGGUUUCAUCAGUAUUUGGCUGAAGAGGAAGAAGAACCAGAUAGACCGGAGAUUAGUUUGUUCAUAAAGAAGAAGCAAAUAAUAACCUUGCCUGUUUUUUAUACCGAAGAAAAAUUUGAUUCCAAUGCAAAAUAUAUGCUGAUGAAGGAACAAUACACUGCACCCACGGUAGAAGGUCAGCCAAUGGGACUAUACCAGUUUACAGAGCCCUUUAACAGCAUACUUUAUACUUAUAGCAUGUUACUACUGGUGUCUUUGCCAAAACUACCCACCGGUUGGUCCUUGAGGGUGUUUACAGGGUGGUACUGGUUAUAUUGUCUAUUGGUGGUGGUAGCAUACAGGGCCAGUAUGACUGCUAUUUUGGCCAAGCCACAACCAAGAGUGACGAUUGACACUAUUGAGGAACUGCUAGACAGCAAAUUAUCGUACGGCGGGUGGGGAGAGAUCAAUAAGGAGUUUUUCAAGUCAGUGCAAGAGUCGGCUACCAAAAAUUUAGAUAUCGUGGAUUUUUCGGUCACCAUAACGCACCUUCUCGCCGUACUGUGGUCCGAUUUAUCGAGCAAUUUGAAACGAUUGGUUCAAUUCAAACCAAAAAGAGACAUAUCCGUGUUUAUGCAUCUCGGUCUACUGAAAAUAUUGCAGCAGUUAGUGAAAGUGUUAAACAUAAUUCUUCCACCUCAAUUCGCCACCGUUCCCAGCAAUUGA